AUGGAUGCAAGUUUACUUACCAAAGGAUUGUCGCCGAAACCAAAGAUUCCUACUACAACUGGUGACAAUCAAUUAUUAUUGUUGGGACUACAGCUCCUCAAUAAAUCAUUAAAGUUACCUUAUGCUGUGGUCAAACCUCAAGUUCAACCUCCUGAAAAAGGUGGAAUUGGAGCUCUAAAGGAUGGAGGAGAAGAGUUCGAUAAAAAUGAUUCUCGUGAAAAAAAGGAACUCCUUGAACAGAACAAAGAACUAAAGAGCAAAACAGAUACUUUAGUUACUGAGAAAAGAGCUCUAGAAUUGAAACUAGCACAAUCAUCAUCUUUGGAGGCAACUCAAGAUGGAGUUGAAGUCGGACCUAAGACCUUCAUUCGUCAAGACAAUGAAAAGGUCAUCGUUGGUCCUGAAAAAAUGAUUGUGGUACCUCCACGUCACUAUUGCAUUGUUGAGAACCCAAUACUAAGAAAUAAGACAACUUACCUAUUUGACAGCCACGGACAAGUCAAGUUACGUCAUGCUGAUCAAGAAAUUAGGCUGGCUCAAGACCCUUUCCCGCUAUUUCCAGGAGAGGUUCUAAAACAGGCUGUGACACAGUUGAAAGUAGUACCAGCUAACUCCGCCCUUCGUCUGCGUGCUAUUUUGGACUUUGAGGAGUUUGAUGGUACUAAGAGAAUUGCUGGAGAUGAAUGGCUGUUUGAAGGACCAGGGACCUACAUACCUUGCAAGGAAGUGGUUGUUGAAGAGACUAUCAGAGCUACCGUCAUCCGACCUAACCAGGCGAUCAAGCUGAGAGCACGCAAAGAGACAACUGAUCGUGAUGGUAAUCCUCGUGUUACUGGUGAGGAGUGGCUUGUAAAGAAAGUUGGUGCAUAUUUGCCAGGAGCUUAUGAAGAAGUUGUCGAUGUUGUGGAUGCCUACGUCUUGACUGAAAAGGUUGCCCUGCAUAUGAGAGCCACUAGAACAUUUACAGAUCGUAACGGAGUGACAAGAAAGAAUGGAGAAGAAUGGCUGAUAAAAAUGGAGGACACUGAAGCUCAUAUACCUGAUGUUUAUGAGGAGGUUGUCGGGAUCGUCAACAUUACUACUCUCAACAAUCGACAAUACUGUGUCAUUUUAGAUCCUGCAGGAGAUGAUGGCAAACCUCAACUGGGUCAGAAGAAGCUUAUAAAGGGAGAGAAAUCAUUCUUCUUGAGACCUGGAGAGAGAUUGGAGAAGGGUAUUCAAAAUGUCUAUGUUUUGGGUGAAGACGAGGGUCUUAUUUUGAAAGCCAGUGAAAGUUUUGUGGACAAUGAUUUGGGAGCUGAGCGCAGACCAGGAGAUCGUUGGAUGAUCCGAGGACCUUUGGAGUAUGUUCCACCAGUUGAAGUUGAGGUACUGACAAAACGCAAGGCAAUCCCUCUUGAUGAGAACGAGGGUAUCUAUGUGAGAGAUAUUAAGACAGGUCGUGUACGAGCUAUCUGUGGUGCCACCUACAUGCUAACGCAAGAUGAAGAACUAUGGUCUAAGGAACUUCCUCCUGGUGUCGAAGAGCUCCUCGCACAAGGGAAAGACCCACUGGCUGAUCGCUCAGAUCGAAGUAAGUCGUCCCUCUGCUCAAAUAAAACGUGACAAAACAAAGUUGUAAGCUUCAGAGUACCACACAAUGCAGCUGUCCAGAUAUAUGAUUAUAAGGACAAGAUGGCUCGUGUUGUAUUUGGUCCUGAAAUGGUCAUGUUAGGACCUGAUGAGCAGUUUACUCAGCUUAGUCUUUCUGGCGGGAAACCAAAACGACCCAAUCAGAUCAAGUCACUCUGCUUGUUGCUAGGACCUGAUUUCUGCACUGAUAUCAUUACCGUGGAAACAGCUGAUCAUGCUCGUCUUUCUCUACAGCUUUCCUACAACUGGCAUUUUGAAGUUGACAAGACCAAUGCCGAUGAUGCUGCUAAGAUCUUUUCUGUUCCAGAUUUUGUUGGUGACGCAUGCAAAGCCAUUGCCUCUCGUGUCCGUGGUACUGUUGCUGGUGUCCAAUUUGAUGACUUCCAUAAGAAUUCUGCUAGAAUUAUUCGCUCGUCUGUGUUUGGUUUAGAUGAUCGUGGAAAAGUCAAAGAUCGUUUCUCCUUCCCUGCCAAUAAUCUUAUCAUUACAAGUAUUGAUAUCCAAUCUGUUGAACCUGUUGAUCAACGUACUCGUGAUGCCCUACAAAAGUCUGUACAAUUAGCUAUUGAGAUCACCACAAACUCACAAGAAGCUACUGCUCGCCAUGAGGCUGAACGUUUGGAGCAAAAAGCAAAAGGUGCUUUGGAAAGACAAAAGAUUACUGACGAAGCUGAAGCAGAGAAAGCUCGUAAAGACUUGUUGGAGCUCCAGGCCAACAGUGCUGCUGUGGAGUCUACUGGUCAGGCCAAAGCUGAGGCUCAGUCUCGUGCUGAGGCUUCAAAGAUCGAGGGUGAGGCUGCUGUAGAGCAAGCUAAGCUAAAAGCACAGGCCUCUAAGAUUGAAGCUGAAUCUGAGCUUGAACGUCUCUCGAGGGCACGUGAAGCUGAAAUCAAGUACAUCGGAGAACAAAAUGAAUUAGAGAUUUCAAAAUCUCGUGAGCUCUCUGAUAUUGAAACUUCAAAAUUUAAAAAUAUGGUUGAUGCCAUUGGAGCUGAUACUAUUGCAGCUAUUUCUACAGCUGGACCAGAAAUGCAGGUGAAGAUGUUACAAGCUCUUGGUCUACGUUCUACACUCAUUACUGACGGAAGUAAUCCUAUUAAUCUGUUCAAUACAGCUCAUGGUCUUGUUGGCUCACUUCAAAGUGCUCCGAGAAUUAUUGAAGAGCCAGAGGAUUAA